CAAAAUGGCGGACAAUUUUUGUCAAAAAAUAAACAAAAUUAAGUUUAUCACCACAAAUAGCGAUAAAAGGACAUAUUUAUUUGGAUUGAAGAAUGAUAAGAGUAAGAACAACCAUGUCGUCUUCGAUGAAAGGGUAGAUAUGUGACUGACAUGGUCAUAAAUUGCAUCUAAACACUCCAAAAGUAAAAAUUAAGAAAUUAAAUAAUUUGGAUAAAACAAGUGUGUUGAAUUUUGUCAAUUAUCAACCAUUUCAACACGAUUAUAUAAUAUCUAAGCCAGAGAUAAAUAUUAUGUGCUUGUGUGUAUCCUGGAUACAGGUUUGCAAGAAAAAGUUGACCACUCAGACCGUCCCUAAAGUAAACUGAACAUGACUAAGGCCCACUUUGACAGUUUCUCUACACAAUGUCAUUAACUUUGAUAAGACUGAACUGUGUUCUUGAGUGUUUGUGGCAGCAUGAGGAGAAUGUAUGGCGGAGCAUUGACUUGGGGAGCGAGGAUGGUUCUGGGUGUUUGACACCUGGUGUUGGCGCAAUUGUUUUGAAACAUGGGUCUGCUGUGAGAAACAUACACGGAUACUUCAGUAAUUUAGACUGUAGAAAGUGUUGCUUAUCUCUAGCUGGAUGCCCCAAUGUUGAUGGAACAAUGCGGCCAGUCGAAGGAAACGAGAGGGACUCUGGAAUUGUAGAAACCCAUAAUGCAUUGCUCUCAUCUAGCAACAACAGUUCAGACUUCCUCAAUGAAGAUGAUCUUCAGUUAUUCAAGCAUGUCUUACUUUGUGCUCAGUUCCCAGUCCUUGGUGCCCCGGACCCCCCAAGCGGGAUAACCCCCACCCCCUUGCCACAUCACUCCCGCCAUAGCCAGAUAGAUAUAGCCAAAAGUUCUCGUGCUGGGGUCGUUAUAUCCCCAAGUUCUGGCAUAGAUACAGCAUCUGACCUUGAGGACAGUGCUGCAUGUAUUCAAGCUGAAACACUAUGUGAAAUUCUACGACAGUCUCUUAAACUGAGCAAACAACGAACCCGACACUAUGAGAGUAAAGCUUACGAGCAGUAUGGAAGGAAACAAUUAGACAGGAUUCUUGUUGAGGAGCUAGCCAAUCAGCUCUCCCUUCUUGAGCGUAACUGCCAUCCAUAUUAUAGCGUUAGUAACUUUCAGUCUAGUAAUGCAUAUGAUAGGUGGCAGCAGAGUACCAGAAGGCACAUCACUGCCCUUAUUGCUAAAUUCUGGCACUCAACUGUCCCUUCACAUCACAAACUUGGAGACGAUAGUUAUGAAUGGACUUACAAUAAUGUUCAUAGGCUUUAUAAACAACUGCUACAAAAACUUAUCAAUUAUGAAAAGUCAUUUGAGGUUCACAGAGGACGAGACAGCAAGAUGGUCCUCCUGUCGUCAGCUUCAGGACGUCUCUUACAGGAGUUUGCUCUCCGAUAUGGUGUGGACGACUCAUACAGAAAGUUGGUCUACCUAGAACAUGUAGUGGACAACUUUGAGGCAACUCCACAGUACAUUGAGCAUGUGUGUGACCUUGUGAAACAAAUGAUGUAUAUACUCACAACACAGGGUGGUACAGGUAGCUUGGUCAAAUCAGAGGUGGAAAUGCUGAAAGAAUCCACAUCAAAUCUAUUCAGGGCGUGUCGUCAUCAUUUUGUUAGCAUGAAGACAAGCUUUGAGUGCAACAGACCUGGUGGAGGGGUAGAGAGUUUGAUGCGUCUAUUAGGACUUGUACUUCAACUCAGACACAACCUGUUUUGUACAAUCCAAAAACCAAUCACUGAAUACUUCCAACAGUUUGUUAAGGAGGGUUGCUAUGAGAGAUACAGUGCUAUGAAACAGUCUGCUAUGGAAGGCCUUGAAAUCCACAACAAUGAUAUUACACCUAAACUGGUGAAUACACUGAUAUUUAACCUGCGUGAUGAAAUCCAAGAUUACAAAACUAACUUUACUUCUACCUUUGAAAGGUACUUUGAUAUUAGCAGUGUAUGUGGCCAAAUACUGUACAAUCUUCUAAUGAUUGACGUGCAAUGCCUUGACAUCCCUAACAACUCUUCUGUAAAGGAGAUUGACCUUCAAUAUGUUGGUUUGGCGCAUAGAUUGAACACACUUGAUAUGGAUUGGGCACAAUUUAUUAAUCCUGUGAAACAAACUUGGCGGCAUCAGUUUUCCUCUCAGAUAUUGAAUUGGUUGGAUUGUGUUAGAUACAGCAUGGGAAGGUUGACUCUACAGUCUAUAGGCAUGGAUAAGUUCACAGACUUGGAUAUCCCAAGCAAGGGGUCACUAUCAAGUGGACAGAGGUCUCGCACAGUGUCUAUUGGGUCUCUAACACCAUCACUUAACUCCGCUUUUGACAACUACCAAGUCUCGAAUUCUUCCACACCUACCUCUGCUCAACAUAAUGAACCUUCCAAUUGGGUAAAAGUGUCACAAAGUAUACCAGUAAGACUAUCCAUCACUGAACGACCCAAUGCUAAUACAAAUGCCCUAUCAAAUGCACAAGAUAUCGACCAAGGUGACCAAAUCAAUACGGAACACAAGGAACGCCAUAAACGCUCUUUAAAUGAAAUCAGGGUCAAUGCUUUAAUGCAACCACAGAGGUAUUCUAGUAGCUCAGGGUUUGAGGAUAAUUAUGGCUUCGCUCGUCCAGUCUCUAGCCUCUCUUUGAAUUUUGAACCAACGUUAACAGGUAUUACGGAUGAUGCUGGUUUGAGCCAUAGUUUGGGAAGUGCAGAAGAUGAAGAUCAUUUAAAUCAUCAUCUCAGUCCAAACAGAUUCAGUUUCUCAUCCCCAUCUUUAGACAGUUUCCAGCCUGAAGCUACUCCAGGAUCAAAUCACACAUUUAGGCAACAGUCUUCUCCUAGUAGCUUGCCAUCACCCGAGCAUCAGUACCUUCAUGUUGAUAUUAGUGAAGUCAGAGCAAGAUCGGCAUCACCUUUAACUUCCACUCAAGUGCCUUUAAAUGAAGAUAUUAGACAGCAAGAGCCUAUAAACGUCAGUGCAAUAUGUGAGGUAAUUGGUCACAUAGAUAUGGAUUCAGAUUCAGAUACCAUAGAAAGUGAGAUUGCUGGAUGUGGUUCACCAUAUCCUGAUUUGUCAGUCUUACCAAAACCGAAGGCUGUUAAACAGCACACUGGCCUAGAUGACAAUAAUGAAUAUUACACAAAAGAAACAAAUGGAAAUUGUGCAAACAAUGGCCGAAGAACCCCUAUGAAUAUCAAACAUUAUGCACACAGUCCAAAUAAUAAUACGAUGCAGUCAAAAGACACAUUCCAACAAAAAGAAACAUUCCAAAGAAAGGACAUGAUUCAGUCUCCUGGUACUCAGAUUCUGAAGAAAAUUUUACCAACGCAAUCUACACAAAAUACUCCUAAAUCUACAAAUCCACCCGUCCAACCAACAGGUCAAAAGAGGCAGACAGUGUCUCCCUCUAGUAGUGAUGUAUCCACACUACUGGUGUCUGGAUCCCUUCUUGACACUAUAGUUAUGUUUAAUCGCAUGAUCAACUUUUCUCAAACAAUGUGCAAUACUAUAUGCCCCAUGAGUCACAAUGACAAUGAAUCGUAUGCUACCUCGGCAACAGAUUCUACUAUGCAAACAAACACUAACAUGGGAACAGGUGACAACAAAGAUACUGCUGCUACAAAUACUCAGGACAGAAUGCAAGAAAUUAUGUUCACUAGGAAAUCCAUCUACGAAAAGGUGCUUCAGUUAUUGAGCAGAGGUGUACAUGUGUAUGGUAUGAAUAUUCUCUGCAUGGAUGCUUGUGGGAUGAUGGGACCCUUAGCUAGGAAGCUAUUGGGAGACCAGUUAGUAGAUGACAUGGUUGCCCUGAGGGGAGAGAAGUUAAUCUGGGGGUGCAGACAUAUGGCCAGGGGGGACUCAGAUUGCCUGGCAUACACAGAGAGGAAAUCUAAGUUCAUUGCUGAUAAACAUGAACCCAUAGAUCACGAGAUGUGUAUGAGGAUAUGCAACACAGCCACCAUGCUAGAAGUCCUACCAGUCUUCAAGAACAGGGCAAUAGCAGCCUUAGAGGUGUCACGGCUUUCUGCACUUCUACGCAACAUGGAACCACCACUCAGUGAAGAACUAUCAAAACUAAUGCAAGAAUAUGCAGUAAUAGACACAUUCCAGAAUCGUUACCAUGCAGGGAGUUCAAGGUCAACUCCCACAACUGAGUCCUCUGGGAGUAGUAACUUGUCACUAGGUGGCAGCACUGAUAUUUUGUUAGCAGACGUCAUCUUUGGCGAGUGCAAACACAAGCUGGAAGCCAUCUUGGCAGGGCAGAUAAACAUUCUUGCGUACAGGAUCAACUUGUUCUUCCGGGACACACUUCAUUUCCUGCUUGCUCUUGAUGCACCAUAUCUACCAUUGGAUAUCAGGUUACGUCCCCUCACAGAGUUCCUGACCAAUCAUUGGACAGCUCUUGGCCAAUGGUUGUACAGUCAUCUAAGUCAUAGGGUCACCAUCAAACUUUGGGAAUACAUUGUCAAGGAUUUUGAGAAUGAAGCUUUGAAUGUCUGUCAUUUUGAGGGUGCUACAGACUAUCAGGCUGAACUUGUUUCACAAUCAUUAGCGUUCUUUCUGAAGAUGUUUUACAAAGAGGGACAAAAGGUUGACUUGGAUACAUUGACAUCAAAAGUGAGUGGGGUUACAUUCAUUCUGGAGCUGUAUAGCUUCCCCUCCAGGAGACUUGUGUCCCUCUACUACCAGAUGUGCAAGCAAGAUGCAUCAGACUCCGAGAUGCCACCCGUCAGAACACCAGGGUUACCAGCAAGUGUUCUUGAGAAGAUGAAGAGAAGUCUACAUGCCAUCAGGAAAUGUUUCACAGGGAAGCAGCUAGUUGAUUGGGUUGUGAACAAUGUCAAUGAGAACAUAUUGCACAAUGUAACAGGUUCUGCUAUACGUAACAGACAGAGUAAGAGACACUCAGCCAUGCAGGUCGGCCAGAUGAUGCUGGCUCAGGAAGUCCUCCUCAAUGUAGAUGACGAUGCCCCUAGUAGUCAAGGUAGUCGUAGCAACAGUGAAUCUGAGGGGUACCCAGAGGUAACACUUUUGAGGAGACCCAUGUCUUCUGGGCUCAUGUCAGUGGGUCAUGACAGGGAUGAUUCGGACACAGACACAGAUGUGAUGAAAGGAAGCAGCCCUGAAGCUGGUGAAAGAAGAGACAAUGAGAGCAAGAGGUUCAGCAUUGGUACUCCUGUAUGUUCAGAAACCUAUGAUGCCAUGAAUGUCAGCACAUCAGUUCCUCAGGACACUGAUUCUUCGGAUUCUUCAAGUUCUUACAGUUCGGAUGUUUUUUACGAUUGCCCAGAACGAUAUUAUUGUUUUGCGACCAUCUUGGAUAAUGAUGUCAAAAUGGUACGAGAAGAGAUAUCGCAUGAAACUGACCAGGUGUUCAUGACUCGUAUACAAUUCGAUUCCCAAUUCAAAGAUAACACUGUAUCCAACCUUGUAACUAAAUGCAACGAGUUCAACAUCAAACCAGAAUACAUUCUUGGUGUUUUAUUCAGCCGUCGCUAUGACGAUGACACUGUUAAAUGCUUUCUGGAAUGGUUGCCAGAUGACGUUCUUGAUAAACUAUGGGGACGAUAUGAGUCAACGGAGAAAGAUUAUUUUGGUUGUUUCGGAUGAUCAGGUGAUUCCUAAAUAUGCAAAUAGCAGAUCAAAUCUGCAAAUAAAAUAAGGUCGUAAAAUCUGAUUAUUUUGCUAAGUGUACCAGUGUACAUGAUGCAACAUUCAUGGGUACGUAACCAGACUUCAUCAUACCAUGUGCAUUUUAUACCACCGAAUUAGAGUAUACAUGUAUCCCUACGCCUUGGAUGUCACAAGGUCUGGUUAGUACCCUUGUAUAUUGGUUUAUUAUUUAUUAAUUCUUGGCUGACUCGCCAUUUGUCUUCUUAAAGUAAGACUGUGUUACAUGUAAGUAUAAGUUGUUUGAGAUAUAGUGAAUUGAUAUGUUGAGAAAGUAUUGAACAAUGGAACGCAUACUAAAUAGUAAAGAUCCACAAAGGGGUUUAAGAAAUAAAAUGUGAAAAGUUGAAAGACUUGAGGCUUACAUGCUAAUCCCACCAAGUUAUGUCAUAAUCAUGAUAUUUACAUAUUAACAUGGGCUUUGAAAGCCCAUGAUAUUAAUUAUAUUUUGUAUGUUUGGCAAUAACCAUGUGGUUCUUUUACCUAUUUUUACAGGUAACUUACCUUAAGGUAACAGUGAUAAAAGUGAUAUUGUGAGGUCAUAUAUCUGAAUUUAAAGUGGCAACAUAGGGUAGAGGGUGUAAAAAUGUUGAAAACAAUAUUUUCUAAAGGCAUGCUGUUUCUAAAGGCAUGCUGGUGUUUUCUUCUUACUCAAAAAAGGGUUGUCCAGUUGUCCACGUUCCAAAAAAUUGCACGAAAUAAUUUUGGAACUCUUCUAGAACAUAUAUAAUUGAGACAAUUUUUUUCAAAAAGUUACCCUCUACUUGUCUUUAUCCUUAGUUGCCUUUUUACUUAUGAGCUUUACAAAAGAUGACCAAAGAGCUGAGCACGUGUUAUCAUCAUGAAAAUGUUUAAUGAUACUUUUCCUGAUGUGAUGUUUUAUGAUUGGGUUUUGCCCAUCCAGUCACUUGUACAAAAGACACCCAAACUAUGAAUGAGUGCAACUAUGAUAAAGUUUUGCAUCAUAUUAGUUGUUCUCAUCAAAAUGUUUAUUAGAUACUAUUCUGUUGUGAUGUUUUAUGAUUGGAUUUUGCUUGUCCAAUCACUAAAUAGAGAAAAACUGCAAAGUGCAAAGGUGAUACUUUUACACCAUAUUUCAUUUUUUAAGCUGAUCAGUAAGCAGUUAUGAUUUGUGGCAAGCCCAAAUCAUGAUCUAUACUUUCUUCUCUCCAAGUUCAAUAACGUAAUCUGGAGUGUUCAGCAAAAAAG